GCUACACUUUGUGCACUCCUCAGCAUUUCUGUGAAAGCACCCAUUGAGUAUUAUGUCUCCUUCUUAAAAUCUGACUGAAAUCUAAGUCAAGAUUGCACAUGGAUUAUUAACAUAAUUCAUUAUAUUUUUACUGUCUUAAUUAUAUUUUGGUAGUGUAAAUAAAGAGUUCGUCAUUCCUUGCACGAUAUACAUAUAGAGCAAAAAUGGUACUCUCGUGUCGGUUUUAUAAGGAAAAGUAUCCAGAAGUGGAGGAUGUAGUAAUGGUAAAUGUACGUAGUAUAGCUGAAAUGGGAGCAUAUGUACAUUUAUUAGAGUACAAUAACAUUGAAGGCAUGAUUCUUCUUUCUGAAUUGUCUAGAAGACGUAUUAGAUCAAUUAACAAACUUAUUAGGGUUGGAAAGACUGAGCCAGUUGUGGUUAUUCGAGUUGACAAAGAGAAAGGUUAUAUCGAUCUUAGCAAACGACGUGUAUCAGCUGAAGAUGUUGAAAAAUGUACAGAGAGGUAUGCGAAAGCUAAAGCUGUUAACUCAAUUCUAAGACACGUUGCAGAAUUGUUGCAUUUUGAUAGCGACGAUCAGUUGGAAGAAUUAUAUCAAAAAACUGCAUGGCACUUUGAAGAAAAAUAUAAAAAGCAGAAGGCAUCUGCGUAUGAUUUCUUUAAACAAUCAGUUUCGGAUCCAUCUAUUUUAGCAGAAUGUGGUCUUGAUGAACAUACAAAGGAAGUACUGUUGAAUAAUAUUAAACGAAAAUUAACUUCUCAAGCAGUGAAAAUUCGAGCAGAUGUAGAAGUCGCUUGUUACGGAUACGAAGGAAUCGAUGCCGUUAAAGCUGCUUUAAAAACUGGUUUAGCUCUUUCUACGGAUGAACUUCCAAUUAAAAUCAAUUUAAUUGCACCUCCAUUAUAUGUUAUGACAACAUCUACACCGGAAAAGCAAGAUGGCUUAAAAGCAUUGAGCGAUGCUAUUGACGUUAUACGAAGUAAAAUAACAUCACUCGGUGGUGUAUUCAACGUGCAAAUGGCUCCAAAAGUCGUUACUGCAACAGAUGAAGCAGAAUUGGCAAGACAAAUGGAACGAGCCGAACUUGAAAAUGCGGAGGUUGCAGGUGACGAUGACGAAGAAGAAGAAGGAAUGGAUGGUUUCAGUGGUGGUGAAGGUGAAGAUGAAGAUAAAAAAUCUGGAACAGAGUCUCAAGGAGAAGAGUAAAUAUAGAGAAUCCAUGAAGCGGUUUUCAUUAACUGAAUUAUUUCUGAGCCAGAACCAUACUUUCGGAAGUAUGCUAUUGAAUUGCUGGACAUUACACAGAAUGUUUCAAAUUCAUAUACAAAACUCAAUGUAUUAUAAUUUAUAAAUAAUUUUCUAUUAACUUGAUAAAAUAAACAGAUUAAUCACAUUCAGA